AUGGCACCGAACCCUAUCAUGCUUCCUCGAAAGAGGAAGUCAUUGAAGGCUAAUGCUCAGCUGGAGAACGAUCAAGCAGCACUCGGCCUGACCUGGCCAAUACUCACCACUGCCUUUGUCGCCUUACUCCUGGCUAUCUCCGUAUGGCCUCGUCGCUGGCUGUUGUCUGGUUGUGGUGUACAAUCACUUCUCAUCGCCUAUGCUGCUGGCUAUGGCAGCCGCAUCUUUCCCUCUAUUCCAUUAUGGGUGUUGCUGAUCUCAAUUAAUCUGGUGUACGCCGUUGCAGCAACCUCAUGGCUACUGUAUGGCCUCUUUACUGCAGCGUGCUGGCCAUUCAUCCUUCUCACGUGUUUGUUUCAAUUCCAAUUCGCCUCCGAGUUUGCACGUCGCAAUCUAAGGCGGUUACUGCGAGACUUGUAUUUCACGCAAGAUAGGAUCGCGUUUUUCAACUUGCCAGCACUUGAGAUUGACACAGAAGUUGCUGGUCUCAUGGUCAUUCGUGGCAUAACCUUCUCGCUAUCGGGUCUCACUUUGGUGGCACAUGGUAUCGAGGUGGGUAUAAAGCUUACAGACGAAAUUGAACUUGCUCUGCAUGCAGACGAAGUACGUGUAUCCUUGUUUCGACGUAUCGAAGUCGGCAAUGUCUACGGAAACAUCAAAGGUGGGAGAUCAGAGAUGACAUUCACAGACCUUGACGACACAGAUCACGAGGGCGCGGAAGAGGAUGCCUUGUUCUAUGAAACACCCCUUCUACGGGCAGCGACUGCUGGCUCAGAAGGCAUCAAAGACAGACCGAAAUUGAGGGAGAGUCUAGCUGGUGGCUCUUACAUCAAGGACUCAUCUGCUAAAUCAGGGUUUGGGAGUAUCAGGACAUUGUCUCCUGACGACCAGGAUGCAGAGAAGAAGUACGACGAAAUGAUCAACGAGAUCCGCACUAGUGACGCCACCUACCAAUCCCGAGCGCGAGUACGUAAAGCAACUAGAGAACAAGGUAGGACGAUCGACGACGAGAAAGAUCUGCGUGCAGCGGUCUGCGCCGAACUUCACGAGUUUCCUUCCAUACCACAUCCGCCAAGACGAUCGAUCAAAGUUACGACGCUCCAGAAGCUGAACCCUCCCCGUGUGCGGCGUUUCCUACAUCGAUUGCCGUUUCUCCUUCGUCUUCUCCUGAAUCCGUUGGGUUACUUUCAUCCUAUUACUAUCGACUCUAUUUCCGCUGCUGGUUCUGGUCAAUGGCUUAGAGAGUUAUUGCAGACGAAUAUCUUCAAGCAUCAUGCUGCAAAAUCGGCUGAACUGCGCCGCCUUCAGAAGCGAAUUAGUGUCUGGCUUGAAGAUGCGAAUUUCUGUUUGGAGCUCACCGACAUAGAUGGUUUAGGUCAGGUACCACUCUCGACCCAAUUCGAUAUUGUAGCAUAUCUACACUUCGCAGACAUCAUGGCAUAUAGGACUCUUCCACAGUCAGGAAUUCUGAACCAGGUCGUCCGGCUUGGUGGAGCAGAUGCCACCUUUACAAUUCCGAGCUAUUUACUCCCUCAUCACGAGCACGUCCUACCUCCCAGGCCGACUGCAGAAGACAAGAAAGAGAUGGAAGAUCAAGUCGAACAGGCAGACGGUAUCCCUAAGAUGGUGCAGGCGGAGCAGGAGAUGGAAAUGGUGAAGAAGGAUGAAGCUUCAAUUUCCAUGUCUGUUCAUGCCAGUCUUCCUGCAGCAUUUGAUCGUGAGCUUCUCAUGUUUAUUGCGGCACUUGUCAAGGCAACCAAGAUCAUUGAAUUUGACAAGGAGGUAGACAAGGUCGAGACCGAGCACGCCACCGACAAGGUCGACCACGCGAGCGAAACAGCUUCGAUCGACUCCUCGACAGCGGCACCACUAACGCCAGUAAGCACAAACGAUACCGUGAACAGUGUGUCAUCGACACCGUCGAUAAUGAGCAGACAUAGCCGGGUUUCAUCCGAUAUCACACCAAGCACUACCGGUGCUCGUUUCAAGAAUUUCACCAAGAACCUACAGCACAAUCUUCGCGAAGCAAGCCUGAACACGAAAGACUCGCUGUCAAAAGAUUCUAUCAAAACUUUUAUGCAGGAAGUCCAACAGAACACGAGGGAUGGCAUGAAGAAAGCUGUAGUUGGCUCGAUGGUGAACGAUAGGUGGAUCGCGAAACUGGUAGGGAAAGUUGCAGCAAACCUGGAGAGGGCACAAGGCGAUCUUGGAUAUUCUGGAGGUAUACCUGUGGCUUUGGAAGAUUAUCGUCCUAAACCUGGAGAUGAUGGUAUGUUGAGUAAAUUCUUGCCAUAA